AUUCAAAGGUCAUACCAAGAGAAGGUAACUCUUGUAAACAGUACUACAUAGUGUAUGUCGAUGAUGAUGUCAGUUUGAGCAAAGUACACGUACUUAAACCACGGGUAUAACUGUCUGCAUUAUAAGUAUUGCAGUAUGUUACUGGAUGGAAAAGUGGCCUUGAUUACCGGGGGAGCACAGGGACUAGGUAAAGCCUUCGCUGAAGAACUUCUGAAACAGAAAGUAAAGGUUUGCAUUUGUGACGUGAAGCAAGAAACAGGAGAGAAAACCAUCGAUGAAUGGAAGCCGAAGUAUGACAACAGAGCCAUUUUUGUUAAAUGUGACGUCAGCAAUCUUACAGAAUUUGAAGAAGCCUUUAAACAAGCGACAGCAAAAUUUGGAGGACUUGAUAUAGUGGUUAACAAUGCUGGAUUAUCCGGAGAAAAUGUCAUUUCCUGGAGAACCAUUGUUAUUGUCAACUUAAUUGGUGUGAUAGAAGGCACUAAGCUGGCGGAAAAGUACUUGAACAAACAGUCUGGGGGUCGAGGGGGCGUGGUCGUUAACAUUGGAUCUACAGCAGGUUUAACCCCGAUACCAUAUGCUCCUGCGUACGCUGCGUCAAAAUAUGGUGUGGUAGGGUACACCAGAAGUGUUGCACUGAAACCGGACACUGGACCGUCGGGGCUGCGGUACGUCUGUCUCUGCCCGGCUUUCACUUACACUUCCAUGUUUUCAGAGGUUCAGCAAGCGAUGGCAGUUCCUGGGCAUGAAAGUUUAUCAAAAGUAGUACAAGACACAGGAAUAAACAAGAUUGAGGAUGUGGUUGAAGCAUUCAUGCAGUUACUUUUGACCGACGAUAACAAUGGUGGAGUGAUGAUCAUAAGCAAAAAGGGCGGUAUCCAGUACCACGGCAGGCGGCGCAAGGUCAACAAACUCUAGAGGUCACAGGAACGGUAUCAGCAGGCGGCGUAAGGUCAACAGACUCUAGAGCCUGUCAGUCGCCAUAGGCAGCGGAAAAAUGUUCAUAAAAAUUUAAUAUUUAUAAUGGACUGGUGUAUGAAUUAUUAAAGAUAUCUGGAGAGAGAGAGAGAGAGAGAGAGAGAGAGAGAGAGAGAGUUUAUUAUAUAAAAGACUGUUAAAUAAAUUGAAUUUCAUUCCAUAUUCAUAAUCAAGAAAA